GCACAUGCUGGGGCGCUCCAAAGCUGUUUGUUUUGCAAAAAUACAUCGCACCGACAUUCAUGAUUAGAACAGUGCUGGACCAAUCCACUUAAGAAUGGAACUGAUCAAGACAUUCCUUCUGUUUGUUAUCUUCUGCUUUUGGAUUGAACUAGGGUUGGCCAGUGAUAAGUCUUCAAAGAAAGGGAAGUUAAAGAAGAAGCAGCAUCUGUGUCCAUCUGAGCAGUCAGCCGAAGAUCUUGCACGAGUACCUGCAAACUCCACUAGCAACAUCCUCAACAGGUUACUUGUCCCAUAUGACCCAAGAAUACGGCCAAAUUUCAAAGAUAUUCCAGUUGAUGUACAAGUAAAUAUUUUCAUUAAUAGCUUUGGCUCGAUACAUGAAACAACCAUGGACUAUCGGGUCAAUAUCUUCCUGAGGCAAAAAUGGAAUGAUCCUCGACUUAAAUUGCCAACUGAUUUUAAAGGUUCAGAUACACUGACUGUGGAUCCCAAAAUGUUCAAGUGCUUAUGGAAACCAGAUUUAUUUUUCGCAAAUGAAAAGAACGCAAAUUUUCAUGAUGUAACGCAAGAUAACAUCCUGCUCUUUAUAUUCCGCAAUGGUGAUGUACUGCUGAGCAUGAGGUUGUCAAUAACUCUUUCGUGCCCACUUGAUUUGACUCUGUUUCCCAUGGAUACACAACACUGCAAGAUUCAGCUGGAGAGCUUUGGCUAUACCACAGAAGACCUUCAAUUCAUCUGGCAAUCUAAAGACCCUGUUCAGAUGGAAGAAAUUGCAUUGCCACAAUUUGAUGUUAAGCAGGAAGAUAUUGAGUAUGGAAACUGCACAAAGUAUUAUAAAGGCACUGGAUAUUACACCUGUGUGGAAGUGAUAUUUACACUAAGACGACAAGUUGGAUAUUAUAUGAUGGGUGUUUAUGCUCCAACUCUUCUAAUAGUUGUCCUAUCGUGGCUGUCAUUUUGGAUAAACCCUGAUGCAAGUGCUGCAAGAGUGCCUUUAGGUAUCUUCUCAGUGCUCAACUUGUCCUCUGAGUGCAUGUCUCUUGCUGCAGAGUUGCCCAAGGUUUCCUACGUGAAAGCUCUGGAUAUCUGGUUGAUUGCUUGUCUCCUCUUUGGGUUUGCAUCCCUUGUAGAAUAUGCUGUUGUGCAGGUCAUGCUGAACAGUCCAAAAAAAAUAGAAGCUGAAAGGGCUCGAAUCCAAAAAAAACUGAAGGCCAAAGAGCAGGCCAUUGCAGCUGAAGGGAAAGGAUGUGGAAACUGGGUCAAGCCAUCCUCUAAGAAUACUGUAAAUGGAACAGGCACCCCCGUUCACAUUAGCACGCUACAGGUUGCAGAGACAAGGUGCAAAAAGGUUUGUACUUCUAAAUCUGAUUUGAGAUCCAAUGACUUCAGCAUCGUUGGAAGCUUGCCACGUGACUUUGAAUUGUCUAAUUAUGACUGCUAUGGAAAACCCAUAGAAGUUAACAACAGUCUUGGGAAGCUCCAGUUAAAAAAUAAUAAGAAGCCUCCACCUCCAAAGCCUGUCAUCCCAACUGAAGCAAAGCGAAUUGACCUCUAUGCAAGAGCUGUGUUUCCAUUUUGUUUCCUCUUCUUCAAUGUGAUAUAUUGGUCUGCUUAUCUAUGAUCAUUCCACCGCUGUUUUUCAUUGUAUGAGAUAUGUCAGAUUUCAUUGAAUCCUGCCCCCAUAUCUCUUAAGCAUAUUUCUUUCAUUGUUAAUGCUCUGUGAUUGAAAAUUGAUCCGUAACCAGAUGCAUUUGUCAAUUUUGAAUGAAAGCAUGUAAUUGCAAUGUGUACACUAUAACCAAACAAUGUUGUAUAUAGCUGUACAGCAUCCAGGCUGCUUUGGAGAUCAUGAUGGAUAAACUACACUACAGUCUUUCUACUACUCUAAGAAUAAUAUAUUUAUGGGGUUGUGAUGGAUCAUUUAAAAUGUGCUGCAAUCUUUCUGGUAUCUGAUACUUACGCAUGCACGUUUAAUGUUACUGAGAUACAAAUUAAGUAUGACUAUGUGUGCAAUUAUGAAAAAUUCUAUAUCUUCCAAAUAGUAAAGAGUAGACACUUUGAUAGUUUUGUUUUAACUUAAAUUAUGUUCUAAAAACAAAGUACCUCAGUAUUUUCUUUAUCAAAUGUGAGCUGUAGUUCAUACCACCUUCAUUUUUAAAUGACAGAAAAUAGUACAAACCAUUCCUGUCAAUGUCAAAUUUUGAUAGAAUGUUUAAAUUGCCAAAAUAAUUUAUUUAAGUGAUUGUAUUAUUGAGAUGUUCUAGUGUCAAAAUAAAUAUAUCAAUUGUAUAUCUGUAUUAAUUCCUGCUUCAAUAAUGGAUCACAUGAAUAGGCAUAUGUCAGUUCUGUGGAAAUUCACUGAUAUCUGUUCUGAAAUCAAGUACAUACAAAUUUGAUGGUGGUAAAUUAUGUGAAUUAAAUCCCCAAAGUGAAGAUGAAAGAGAAGGGAAUGAAGUUAAUCUCAAAUUGUGUUUUUAAUGCUUUUAUUUCAUACAUCCAGACAGAAUCUGUUUGUAUUUGUAUAUUCUGUGUGCAUCUCAAAAUCUAGAUUCUGUUUGUUUUGAUGACUGAGGAUGUAUUAGUUGUGUACAAGACAGACUACAGGUAUACUUGGAAUGCACAAUGCUGCAGGUGGUCUAUAGGAUAUAAUAACA